ACUUGAAGAGGAAAAGAUGGGACCUCUCUAAUGGCCUUUUUUUUCUUUUUCCUUCCUGUAAAUGCUCAGCCUGCCAUAGCAAAAUUAGCAAUCUGCUGCUCUCCCUCGUGAGUCUCUGACUCUUUCUCUGCAAACGACACGAAAUGGGUCCAUCUUCUUCUUCUUCAAAACUCAUUAAUCCAAUCUUCAAGAAUCAGGACCAAAGUUUCUUGGUUUUAUCUCUUUUCUCGCACCAGACACUACCCACUUGCCUUUCACUUUGACCCCUUCUUUUUUAAAAAAAAAAAAUACUUUACUGGGAGAAAAUAUGAAGUGCUUUCAUUUUACCAACGGGGAGAGGCGGGAGGACGAAGAGGGAGGCAGCGGCGGCAGUGGAGGAAGCGACGUUGUUUCAAGGGUGGUGUCCAGGGUGUCGUGGGCGAGGUCAUUGAGUGUGGCGUCGAGUAGCGUGGACACAAGGCGGUCUGAGUUUGACUCCGAAUGUAACUCGUCGAGGGACUUGUCUGACUCGCUCGGUUUCCAUGAGUUUUUGUCUCAGCGAAGGGCUAAUGAUCUAAGAGUCUUCACUUUCGCGGAGCUGAAAUCGGCUACCCGAGGGUUCAGUAGAGCUCUGUUGAUCGGAGAAGGAGGAUUUGGCUGUGUUUACAAAGGUGUCGUUAAGGUUCCUGAUUAUGAAAAGGACGGUAUUGAUUCUAAGAUGGACGUUGCUAUAAAGCAGUUGAAUCGUCACGGUUUCCAGGGGCAUAAGGAAUGGAUAAAUGAAGUGAAUUUAUUGGGCGUAGUUAAGCAUCCGAAUCUUGUGAAGCUAGUGGGAUAUUGUGCUGAAGAUGAUGAAAGAGGGAUGCAACGGCUUUUAGUUUAUGAGCUUAUGCCUAACAAAAGCUUAGAGGAUCAUUUAUUGGGUCGAGUGCCAACACCUCUUCUGUGGAUGACAAGAUUAAAAAUUGCCCAAGAUGCAGCUCGUGGAUUGGCAUACCUCCAUGAAGAAAUGGAUUUUCAGCUGAUAUUUCGAGAUUUUAAAACAUCAAAUGUUCUGCUAGACGAGGACUUCAAUGCAAAGCUUUCAGAUUUUGGUCUGGCAAGGCAGGGACCUCCUGAAGGGCUUGGACAUAUUUCAACCUCUGUUGUGGGCACAGUUGGUUAUGCUGCUCCAGAGUAUGUUCAGACUGGCAGGCUGACUGCAAAGAGUGAUGUUUGGAGCUUUGGGGUGGUUCUCUAUGAGCUUAUCACAGGAAGGCGAGCCCUUGAGAGAAACCUACCUCGGGCUGAGCAGAAGCUAUUGGAAUGGAUUAGACCAUAUGUAUCAGAUUCAAAGAAGUUCCACCUUAUUGUAGACCCACGACUUGAAUGGCAGUAUUGCAUCAAAUCAGCUCAGAAACUAGCAGUCCUUGCAAACAAGUGUCUAACAAAGCAGCCAAAAUCUAGACCUAAAAUGAGUGAGGUAGUAGAGAUGCUGGGAAGCAUCAUCAGUGAGACAUCAUCUCAAGAUGAAGUUGCCUGUGAACCUGUUUCUGAAGCUGAAGAAGUCAAGGAAGAAACGUCCGUGGGGACUGAUGAGUCUAUUAAACAAGGGAAGGCCUAUAGGAAGAAGGUUUUGGAUCUAAGAGAAAUAGUCAACUUGAGGAACAGAUCCAUUGGGAAAUUAGAUUGGAGAAAUUGGACUCCUGGGUUGGUAAGAACUUCAGAAUAAAUAUUUGGGCCCAAGUAGAUUGCAUACUCCCUUUAUUUGUCAUAGGGAAUGGAAGAUCCUCCUCACAGUUGAAGAGAUGAAUACUGAAACACAUGAUGCAAAAGGUUAAAUUGUAUUCAUUUUCUUCUUGUUUGCAAGAUAGCUGUAAAUAUAGAUUGUUGGGCCAGAAAAGUUACAAGACAUGCCCACUUCACUUAUCUGAAAUACACACUGUAAUGACAAAUUUGCAUGUCGAAUAUAAUAGUCUUUAAUUUUGUCCGA